GGAAAGAGAGCGUGUGUGUUUAAAUGUCAGCGAAGGGAAAUGUGGAGGAAUGUGACAUGGAAAUUUUAUUGGAAGAAUCCAACUUUAGGAAACAACAGCGUAAAGGAGAAAAACCGAAGAUAAAACGAAAAGAGAUGGGAGAAGUUGUCCGUUUUCAGAAGCGUAGCGCGAUAAAGAUGGUUUGAACAGCCUGGUUUCUAAACAGACGUGUGAGAGAUGGACGAGUAGAGAAGUGGAGUAAGAGAAACUGUGACUCAGAAUGAGAGAUGAACGAAAACAGUGAUCUCUCCUGGCAUGAGUGCUCAGCGUGAGUGAACGACCCCUAAUGCCAUCAAGAUGACAACAGGCGACACAACAGAACUCUCUGAGUUUCAAGCUCCACACAUUUCCUUCUCUUCCUACUCAUUGCUUCUAAGAUGAAAAAGCUCCAGUGGGAACUGACCGCGAUCAGUGAUCUGCCCAGAAGAAGACUCCCUCAUCCAUUUCUUGGAGUUCUUGCAUCGGCUCUAAUCCAUGUAAGACAAACACAAAUUGGUUGCAGGACCAAUUUGGGAUGGUAAUUCUAACACUGACAGUUCCAUAAAAAAGUGCUUAAGAACCAAUUUAAAGUGCUGUCAAGCCGAAUUCAUGUUUUAUUUUGUUGUUUGACUACUUACCUCUAAUAGUACUGGAACUUUGAUUUUCUUAUUUCUCUUGGAUGCAACAAUUGUAUUUAUUGGACUUUGAUUGCGCUGGACUAUAGAAAUGCUUUGACCCCUGGACACAAAUGACCGCAAUGUCCUGGCGGGCUGGACAACAGAGCUGUGUGAGAGGGUGAGCUCACCGCACAGUGGGGAGAGGGGGUAACUGGCCGCUCCAUCACCACGGAGAGACAGUGCAAACACACUGACACACUUAUAAGGCCGAGGGAAGAAGAGAAGAAGAAGUGGAGAAGCUUCCAGGACCAGUGUCUGGUUUUGUGCUUUACUUGGGUCAUCGUAAUAAGGUUCUAUGGGCUAGCAAAGGAAUUUGGCCAUGCCUGUUGCCAUACGUAAGUGGGACUGGGAGGACCCUGUGACCACACGCUCAGGACUAAAAUACAGUUAUGAUGACCUGGACUUAGUCUGCUGCCGUGCCAUCGUUGUGGGCCGAGAGAACCCUUUUAGGGGCCACAGUAGGAUCAGGUGUGCCUCAAUGCCAGAAUGUGGCCGGACUUCAGUGUUCCUCCAGGUUGACGUGGAAGAUAGUCUGAGAAGGAUAAAGACAAAAGUACAAAAUUUACAGGAUAAAACUACAUCAAACUUUGUGAAGGACCAAUCAUUGAUGCCUAAGGGACAUACUGGAGCCAUAGCACAUGAGACAGCAAGGCAUGUGAGUGACCGAGAUAGCAAGCUACCUUCAGACAGUGUGGCAGAUCAAGAUGAAUUGCAACAUUCUACUGUGCAAAAUUCGCAAACUCAUGAUGAAGAUCAAGACGAUAAGGAGCUAAACAAGGAUAAAGUGUCUGCUUCCCAAAAGCUGUCACUUUUGGAGCUUCCAACCGCAGUAUUGGCCCAAAUAGAGGAAGCGAGUGAUUUAUCAAAUGCUUUGAAGACUAAGGGCAAUAUCUCCUUUAACAACUCUGUCAAAGUGGAUUGUUCUGAACUAACUUCUACAAAAAAUGAAACUUCUGUGGAAUUGCUUGAAAACACAGAAUCGAUUGCGAAGGUCACUGCGGGUAGUCGAAUGUUAUUACCUGAUCACACGAGUACCACAAACUCAAAUAUUGUGCAAGGACGGUGUUGUGAAACUUGUUCAACAAGUGGCAAAGUUAAAUGCCCAAAUACAAACUUUGCCACUGUGAAUUUACCAUCAACCCUUCAAGUGACUGAUGAACACAGUUUAGAUUGUAAUAAAGAAACUUUAGAGCAUAAGCAUGAUAAAAUACAGGCCAUACAAGAUAGUGAUACUCAAAAGGAUCAUGAGAUGUUAAAGGAUGGGGGCCUUAGUCAACCCGCUGGUGAAACGUCUCUCAUGGAGUCACAUGGAAAAUGUGACACCACGGAAAUGUGGCAUGACUGCUCCUCAAAGCUCCACACCAUUCAUGAAGGGUCAGGAGAUGAUGCUUCGGCUCAGAUUUUAGCAGAAAUGCCAGAACAUCAGACAUGUAUCGAUUUGAGAAGCCAUGGUAAUGAUGAGCAUUUGACAGACCAGUCUGAAGGCCUAAAAUCAAAUCCAAAUAUGAAUCCAUCUAAAGAUCCCGAGAGUUCCUUCGUCAAACUUCGUGCAAAAAAGACCUCACGGGAGGAGAGAGAGAAGGAGAGGUCCCGUUUGGACUCCAUGGUUCUGUUAAUAAUGAAGUUGGAUCAGCUGGACCAGGAAAUUGAGAACGCUCUUAGCUCCACCUCCUCCCUCAAUGGCACACCCAACCUCAAAAGGCGCAUCAUCUCUGAAGUUGAUUUAGAAAUGCUGGAUUCAGCAGGAAGUCUCUCAGCCUCCUCUCAGUCCUUAAACACUCCAAUAUAUCGCUCUUCAUCAUCACUGUCUUCUUCAGGACCUUUGGGGAACUCCGGAGCUAGACCAAAGAAUGAGGGCUCUGCAGUUUUUUCUGAGAAAGACCGAGCAGAAAUUGAAGCGAAGGAGGCGUGUACAUGGCUGAGGGCUGCAGGUUUUCCACAAUAUGCUCAGCUUUAUGAAGAUGGUCGGUUCCCUAUUGAGAUUUCUUCUGUGACUAGAGAUCAUGACUUUCUGGAUCAGGAUGCCAUAGAGGCUUUGUGCAGAAGACUUAACACCCUCAACAAGUGCGCUCUUAUGAGAUUAGAGAUCACUCCUCAAAGAAAGAGGAGUGAGGAUUCUGAUGAGGAUGAGCCGUGUGCCAUAAGCGGCCGCUGGACUUUCCAGCGGGACAGCAAACGCUGGUCUCGCCUCGACCAGCUGGACUUGGACGUGUUCUCUCCUCCAGCUGGAGAAACUGGCUCCUUUGCUCCCUUCCGAUCCCAAGAUGAACAUUUUGCCAGAGGACCCCUUCUAAAAGAGGGAGUUAAUGCCAGCUCUGAGAGCGUCUUGACAGAUCUUAGCGACCAGCCAGAGGUGGGCUCUCUGCACAGUGCUGGUAGUGGAGAUCGAGGAGGAUCCCUGAGUACCACUGUACCGUCCAGCCCCACUACGACCAUCUCUAAUGCUAACACAGCCACCACAACAAGGGCGAGCUCGGUUGCUAGCGUAUGCUCAUCUGGAACAUCAGGUGCCAAUGAAGACUCCAUGUCUGAUGGGCUCCCAUCUCCACUGGAUCGUGGUACCUUUGCUUUUGAGGUAAAACCCAGCUCGAAAAGUACUGGUGCUGAAAAAAGCACACGCUCGAGAGCAAAAAGCUUCAUCAAGCGCAUGGAAAGCUUGCGGCUACGGACCAGCAGUAAUGCGUCAUCCAAACGCAAGAAGAAGGGUGCGGCCGGGCAGGGCAAGCUAGAGAUUAGUGGGCCGGUGAUUAAGGAAGGUCUUGACGAAGACAAAUUGCGGCACCUCAACUGCGUAGACAUCGCAACACUAGAUUGCAAUGCGAACCGCACCAGAAGCAUCUCCUAUUCAACACAGACAAGUAGCGGGAGCACAGGGAGUAGCCAAUCGGAGGCCAGCAGCGGGAGUGCUGUAAGUACACCCAGUCCAGUCUCAAGAGCACGUAGUCAUAGCACGGCAGCUGGGGCUACGAAAAGAGGCGGAAUGUACCUGGAAGGCUUUGACCCAUUUAAUUUUGUCGUCUUGCAACCUUCGGAAGACCAGGAAAAGAAACGGAACCACCAGAGUAAGAGAAUGGAACCCAGCACAACCACGGAGCAUAACAGACGCAACCGCCAGAGGUUGGAUAAUAGGCGAAUGGAUGAUGAGGACAGUAGAGAAGAGGAAGGAGGUGUUAUCUUUUUCUAUUUGCCUGAAGGCCACAAGCCUGGCACUUUUCCUAAAGCACUUGCAGACGGGGCUUGCUAUCGUAGUGGCGACAACAUAAGCCGCCGUCCACCUCGGAGGGGCUCCGCCGCCUCACUAGACAGUCGAUUGAGCAUCUAUGACAAUGUUCCUUUCUCAGAAGUGGUAGAUGAGGAGGAUGAGGUAGAACCAAAACUGGAGGAUGUGCUGGAACGGGUCAGUGGCCUCCAGCAAUUGGUAAAUGCCUGGUCAGAAACGGGAACUGGGGAGGAAGACGAAGAGGAAGAAGAAGGGGAUUCAGAUUCGGCCCUCGAUUCUGCAUCUCCUUGUCCAUCAUCCCCACUGCAGAACCACUUGGAAGAGACAGAGAACUGCAGCGAUCAAGAUAGCACUGGAAACCCACUAACGGAAAGGGAUGAGACGCUUAGCGCGCGAGAGAGAUGUGACUCUGGUGUGGGAGCAUCACUUACACGAACCAACAGACCUCAGAAGCUGCGCUGGCCAAGUUUCCAGAGCUCCCACAGGCCAAGUCUGUCGUCAACGGUGUUACAAGUUGGAUGUCAGUCAGUUCUGCAGAUGAACCUUCUACAGAAAUACAGCCUGCUUAAACUUACUGCUCUGCUGGAGAGAUACACACCCACCAACAAACACGGCUUUAGCUGGGCUGUCCCUAAGUUCAUGAAGCGGAUCAAGGUUCGAGACUACAAGGACAGAAAUGUGUUUGGAGUUCCCCUGCAGGUGAUAGUUCAGAGGAGCGGACAGCCCCUGCCCCAGAGUAUCCAGCAAGCCAUGCGUUACCUACGGAGCCAGUGCCUCGACCAGGUGGGGCUUUUCCGAAAGUCAGGAGUAAAAUCACGCAUCCAAGCCCUUCGCCAGAUGAACGAAUCAUGCGGCACUAAUGGAGGCGGAGUUAACUACGAGGGCCAGUCGGCUUACGAUGUGGCCGAUAUGCUAAAGCAGUACUUCCGAGACCUUCCGGAGCCCUUGCUUACCAGCAAACUGUCCGACACCUUCCUGCAGAUAUAUCAAUAUGUUCCCAAAGAACAGCGUCUACAGGCGGUGAGAGCCGCAGUGUUGCUGUUACCCGAUGAGAACCGCGAGGCCCUGCAGACCUUGCUGUGCUUCCUGAGUGAUGUGACGGCCAACGUGGACGAGAACCAGAUGACCUGCACCAACCUGGCUGUGUGUUUGGCCCCCUCUCUUUUCCAUCUCAAUACGCUACGGAGAGAAAGCUCCUCGCCCAGGGUCAUGAACAGAAAAAACACCCUGGGGAAACCUGACCAAAAGGACCUGAAUGAGAACUUGGCGGCCACACAUGGUUUAGCCCACAUGAUUCAGGAGUGCAGAAAGCUCUUUCUGAUCCCAGAGGAGAUGUCACGCUGUCGGAACUCUUACAUGGAGCAAGGCCUGAGUCCCAUUCGAAUGGAGGUACUCGUGGAAAACUGCGGCUCAUGUAACUACAAAAAUCUGCUCAAAGACGGUAUGGACGCCUUACUGAAAGAAGGCAAGGACAAGUUUAAAGGUUACGACACCUGCUCGACCCCUGAAAACGCUGAACUUGCAUAUAAGAAGGUCCAAGACGGUUCUUCUCUGCGGCAAUGGAAAGUCUGCGUUGACGUGCCUGCAUCGCCCGAAGAUGUUCUCCAAAGAAUCCUGCGGGAGCAGGAACGUUGGGAUGAAGACCUGCUGGAGUGCAGGGUCAUUGAGACACUGGAGCAAAACGUGGAGGUCUACCAGUAUGUCAGGAACUCCAUGGCACCUCAUCCACCCAGAGACCACGUAGUGCUCAGGUCGUGGGCAACAGACCUGCCUAAGGGAGUGUGUGCACUGGUCUGCACGUCGGUGGAUAACGAAAGCGCAGCCGUGUUGGGUGUUCGCGCAAACGUCCUGACCUCUCGCUAUUACAUAGAACCCUGUGGUUCCAGUAAGAGCCGGAUAACACAAAUUUCCAGAACAGACUGCAGGGGUCGCUGCCCUGAAUGGUACAAUAAGCUGUAUGGUCACUUGUGUGCUGCUGAGGUGGUGCGGAUACGAGACUCUUUUACCUGCUUGGACAAAUGAACACACACACCCGGAGUGUUGACGUGUAAUUUCUCGUAUCAAGAAACUCUUAUUUAAAGAGAAAGACCAUGAAGAUUCCCCUUGUUAAACUCCCUCAACCGUCUGAGCCCUUAAAUGUAGAUGGGGACGGUUCCUAAACCUACGAACUACAAGUCAAAGGUUUUGCUUUCAGACUGAAAAGUUGGAAAUGGGCAUGCCUGCUGCUGUGACAUCAUCAUCACUGAAGUCACAAUGUUUGAUGUCAUAGCGUGACUACACGAAAUGGGCGGUGCUAUUGCUUCUGAGAAGCAAGUAUAUAUGUGUGUGUUCGAAUGACUGCGUAAGCUAGCAUAUAUGUAUAAGUGUGUAUGAGGUCGUAUGUUACCUUAUGUAUUGUGUGUGUAUGUAUGAUUUAUGAUGCAUGUGUGAUCAUUGACUAAUGAGGCGUAUUCCAUGCACUGGCACCCUGCUGCAAUAUAGUGUUUUUAUCUGUUUCUGUGUGUAUGUGCAUUUUGCGCCGUUAUUGUGAUUGCAAAUCUGCGUACGGUGCUUUUAUUUUGUUUGUAUUCGUUGGAAUGGACAGAUGGGUGGAGAAACAGAUGUUUGUCUACAGCAAGCUAAGAUGGUGGUGGCUGGAACACCUUUGAAAAGACCAACGGGAAGUCUGUGAUAGAGGAAAAGACAAGCACGUUGACACUGUUAAAGAGUUUUGAGGGUUUCAACUGCUACAAACCCAAAGCAGAGACCAAUUUAACAAUGGACCAAUUCUUUACUGCAUAGAGUGACAAAAAGUAAAGACAAAAGACACCAUACAGGUCAACCAGUCAAAUUCUUCCGAACUCAGAGUCCGGAAUUGGUCAAAGCCUAACCAUGUGUCCGUCCCGUUUCCUAAGAAAAGAGAAAGUUCUAAGAAGAAAAGUUCAAUAAGGUUUGACAAAAGGAGAGGCCACCAGAUGGCGCAGUUUACAACAAACUGAUCGGAGGAUGGUAGAGAAUGUGUGAGAAAAGAUGUAAUGUCUGUUUGUUUAUCAGUGUUAAUCACAAAUGAAGUAAAAGUCUAAAACAGAGUAAUAACGCUUGCUUUCACACUCAUAACUCUAAACAGGUUCACAAUAGGAGUGCUUCGGUUUACACGGAACGUAUCGUAAUGAGACUCACAAGCGUCUGAUCUGGAAUCAGUUUCUUGACCGGUGUUUUAGUCUGACACGAUGGUUCAGAAGAACGCAGCACUCCUAUUAUGGCCGACGUGCUCCAUGACGUCGGUCCUGAGUUCAACGUCCAUGCUAGAUUUACUACUAUUAUAUGUGCCUUUUCACGGCGGUGUAAUAUAAACGUGUAAAUUGUGCUGCCAACCCAAGAAUAACGCAUGACAAUGAGUUUAAUUUAAACCUCUCUGUAUUUAUAUCACUCAUAUCGUGUUUUGUAUGUAUCUUAUUUUAUUGUAAAUGUUACACUCUAAGUUACAGAAAUGAGAAAAUUGUUUAUCUUUUUUAUUAAUAUUAUUUCUGUACAGAUUAAUCGUUGGUCAAAAUGCACUAUUAAAUGUAUUAA